AUGGAACCUGGAAAGUGGAGCCUAUUUAUUCUGUUUGGUUUAUCCAUCUGGAGCAACAGCCAAGCCCUCAGCAAAAACCCCAUCCUGUCCCGGAUACGAAGGGCUCCUGAGGCCAAUGGAGAAAACAAGAAGUGCUCCUACACCUUCCUGGUACCCGAGCAGAAGAUCACAGGCCCCAUCUGUGCAGCUCGGGGUUAUGCAACCGACAAGGACCGAGUGACGCGCCUUGAUGUGGCUGCGGUGCGUGACCUUCUGUCAAAGCAACGUCGGGAGAUGGAGACUUUGAAGCUCGUGGUGGAUGUGGAUGGUAACUUGGUGAACGAGAUGAAGUUGUUGAGGAAAGAGAGCAGGAACAUGAACUCUAGAGUGACUCAGCUCUACAUGCAGCUGUUGCACGAAAUCAUCAGGAAGAGGGACAACUCACUGGAGUUGGCACAGUUGGAGACACGCAUCCUUAAUGCCACCACUGAGUCACUGCGACUGGCCUCCAGGUACAGGGAACUAGAGGCCAAAUAUUCUGCUCUGUCUGCAGUGGUGAAUAAUCAGUCAGUGCUGAUUGGAGCAUUGGAAGAGCGUUGUAUGCAGGUGUACAGCCGCAGGCAUGAACAGCAACCUAUGGGACCUCCGAUGGUGCAGGUGGUCCCUGAGAAUAUUCCUGUUCAUGUGCCACGUUUCACAAAUGAGAUCCAAGCAGACAACACUAGAGCAUUUGCCCGAGAAAGGGGCUCUCGCUCUGGGCCUUCACCCACAACUGGCACCCUGGAAGUCCAGAAACCUCCUCAGAGGAACUUCAGUGCUGAAGGCCCAUUCAGAGAUUGCCUGGAGGCCCAGGAAGCCGGCCACAGCACCAGCGGCAUGUACCUGAUCAGACCAGACGAAGCAGAGAGGCCGGUGCAGGCCUGGUGUGAACAGGAUAUAGACAACGGGGGCUGGGCUGUCAUCCAGAGCAGGAGAGACGGAUCAGUUAACUUUUUCAGGAACUGGGAUAACUACAAGAGCGGCUUUGGCAACAUAGAUGGGGAGUACUGGCUUGGUCUGGAAGGCAUCUACAACCUGGGAAGGCAAAGGGACUACAAGCUACUAGUGGAGCUGGAGGACUGGAUGGGCAAGAAGGUGUACGCUCAAUACAACAGCUUCCAUCUGGAGCCAGAGAGCGAGGGCUACCGCCUGCGAUUAGGCAUCUACCAAGGCAACGCCGGGGACUCCCUCAGCAGCCACAACGGCAAACAGUUCACUACUCUGGAUCGAGACAAGGAUGCCUUCUCAGGAAACUGUGCCCAUUUCCACAAAGGAGGCUGGUGGUACAACGCUUGUGGCCAAACCAAUCUUAAUGGUGUCUGGUACAACGGAGGCGUCUACCGAAGCAAAUUCCAAGAUGGGAUCUUCUGGGCUGACUACGGCGGAGGCUUCUACUCCAUGAAGUCUGUCCGCAUGAUGAUCAGGCCCAUAGACUGA